CAGGCACCGCCCCGCGUGCGGCUUCGUGGUCCGCGACCUCGGCAGCCUCCUGGCCCCCGGACCGCAGGCAAAUAUUUGCUGGGCCGGCCUUGGGCCGCAGCCUGACCACCAGCACCUUCACCAUGCCGGCCCAGCUGGGCCUGCUGCUCUCCCUGGCUGUGGCCCUGGGUGCAGGCCACCGCUCAGCCCUCAACGACUUCCAGCGCCUGCGUGGCACCGAGCUGCGGGCGACGCCCGGCGAGCCCCCACUGCAUGUACUGAACUGCACGGCCCAGAAGUGCGCCCAGAACUGUGCCAACAGGCCGGCCUGCCGGGCCUUCCACCACGAGCGGCAGAGCCAGCUGUGCCAGCUGCUGUCCUGGACCCAGCGCUCACCCGGCACCCGGCUGCAGAAGAACAUCCACUACGAUCUGUACCAGAAGAAAGACUUCCUGCGGGAGUGCAUCGUGGCCAAUGGCACCGGUUAUCGUGGCACGCGGGACACGACGGAGCGUGGCCUGCGCUGCCAGCACUGGCAGGCCACCACACCCCAUGAUCACAGGUUCCUGCCAUCCCCCCGCAAUGGACUGGAGGAGAAUUACUGCCGCAACCCUGACCGUGACAAGCGGGGCCCGUGGUGCUACACCAUCGACCCCAAUGUCCGACACCAGAGCUGCGGCAUCAAAAAGUGUGAGGACGCCAUCUGCAUGACCUGCAACGGGGAGGAUUACCGGGGCUUUGUGGACUACACCGAGUCGGGGAUCGAGUGCCAGCGCUGGGACUUGCAGCACCCACACAAGCAUCCCUACCACCCUGACAAGUAUCCUGAAAAGGGUCUGGAUGACAACUACUGCCGCAACCCAGACAGCUCUGAGCGGCCCUGGUGCUACACCACUGACCCGGCGCUGGAGCGCGAGUUCUGCCGCAUCCGCGUCUGCACAGAGAAACGCCCGCGACCCAUCAAUGUCACCACCGGCUGCUACAGGGGCAAAGGCGAAGGCUACCGAGGCCGAGUGAACGUCACCGUGUCGGGCAUCCCCUGCCAGCGCUGGGACGCGCAGACACCCCACCGGCACCACUUUGUGCCCAGCAAGUACCCCUGCAAGGACCUGCAGGAGAACUACUGCCGCAACCCUGAUGGCUCAGAGGCCCCGUGGUGCUUCACCACCCGCCCCGGCAUGCGCGUCGCCUUCUGCUUCCACAUCCGCCGCUGUGACGAUGAGCUGAAAGCACAAGAGUGCUACCACGGCCACGGCGAGCAGUACCACGGCCACGUCAGUAAGACGCGCAAGGGCAUCACGUGCCAGAAGUGGGAUGCCACGACACCUCAUGUGCCACAGAUGUCGCCCGCCACCCACCCCGAGGCGCACCUGGAGGAGAACUACUGCCGCAACCCUGAUGAUGACAGCCACGGCCCCUGGUGCUACACCAUGGAUCCACGCACACCCUUUGACUACUGUGCCAUCAAGCCCUGCUCUGGCAGCGCUGUGCCAUCUGUCCUGGAGAGUGCAGAUGCAGUGAAAUUCGAGGAGUGUGGCCGGCGGGAUGAGAGGCUGCAGCAGAAGCAGCGUGUGGUGGGUGGGAUGCCUGGCAACUCGCCGUGGACCGUCAGCAUCCGCAACCGGGCUGGCGUGCACUUCUGCGGUGGAUCGCUCGUGAAGGAGCAAUGGGUGAUCAGCACACGGCAGUGCUUCUCCUCCUGUGAUGCAGACCUGUCAGGCUAUGAGGUGCACCUGGGGACGCUGUUCAAGGACCCCAGCCCCACCGACCCCGACCUGCAGGCCAUCCCCAUUGUACGCAUCAUCUGCGGCCCCUCUGAGUCCCACCUGGUGCUGUUGAAGCUGGCGAGACCAGCUGUGCUGAAUACGCGCGUGGCCCUGAUCUGCCUGCCACCCGAGCGCUACGUUGUGCCUGCUGGCACCACCUGUGAAAUUGCUGGCUUUGGGGAAACCAGAGGCACAACGGAUGGCCACGUGCUGAAUGUGGCAAAGCUGCCAGUGAUGGCACAUGCUGAGUGCCAGGCAGAGCUGCGUGGGCGCCUGAAGGAGAGCGAGCUGUGCACAGCCCCGCUGCGUGCUGGUGUGGGUGCCUGCGAGGGAGAUUAUGGGGGGCCCCUGGCCUGUCUGACUGCCGACUGCUGGGUGCUGGAGGGGGUGAUCACUCCAUCCCGUGUCUGCGCCCGCACCGACCAGCCUGCCCUCUUCAUCCGCGUCUCACUCUACGUCGACUGGAUCCACAAGGUCAUGAGGAUGGUGUGAGCUGUGCUGCAGGUGGCACCUCCCCGCUCAGCCCCCAGUCCCAAUAAAGGCAGUGGAGCCAG